GGAGGCGGAAGCAGCGGCAGGCAUGGCGGCGGCCUUGCCGCUCGCUGUGCUGCUGCUGCUGCUGCUCCCGGGGCACGGUGCCUGGGGCCAGACAUGGCCCCCACGCGACACCCUGCGGGAGGAGCUCGUGAUCACUCCGCUGCCUUCCGGGGACGUGGCCGCCACAUUCCAGUUCCGCACGCGCUGGGAUUCGGAGCUGCAGAAGGAAGGAGUGUCUCAUUACAGGCUCUUUCCCAAGGCUCUGGGGCAGCUGAUCUCCAAGUAUUCUCUCCGGGAGUUGCACCUGUCGCUCACGCAGGGCUUUUGGAGGACCCGGUACUGGGGACCCCCCUUUCUGCAGGCUCCCUCAGGCGCAGAGCUCUGGGUCUGGUUCCAAGACACCGUCACAGAUGUGGACAAGUCGUGGAAGGAGCUCAGUAACGUCCUUUCGGGCAUCUUCUGCGCCUCCCUCAACUUCAUCGACUCCACCAACACCAUCACUCCCACUGCCUCCUUCAAACCCCUGGGCCUGGCCAAUGAUACGGAUCACUACUUCCUGCGCUACGCCAUGCUGCCACGGGAGGUUGUCUGCACCGAGAACCUCACCCCAUGGAAGAAGCUGUUGCCGUGUACCUCCAAGGCAGGCCUCUCUGUGUUGCUGAAGGCAGAGCGCUUAUUCCACACCAGCUAUCACUCCCAGGCAGUUCAUAUCCGCCCUGUUUGCAGAAAUGCCCACUGUACCAGCAUCUCGUGGGAGCUGCGACAGACCCUCUCGGUUGUGUUUGAUGCCUUCAUCACGGGGCAGGGAAAGAAAGAGUGGUCCCUGUUCCGGAUGUUCUCCCGCACCCUCACCGAGCCCUGCCCUCUGGCCUCAGAGAGCCGAGUGUAUGUGGACAUCACCGGCUACAGCCAGAGCAACGAGACAUUGGAGGUUACCCCGCCCCCUUCCAGCACAUACGAGGACGUCAUCCUGGGCACCCGAAAGACCUAUGCCGUCUAUGACUUGCUGGACCCAGCUGUGGUCAACAGCUCCCGCAACCUCAACGUUCAGCUCAAGUGGAAGAAACCCCUGGAGCAGGAGGCCCCGCCGGUGCCCUUCCUGCAUGCCCAGCGCUAUGUGAGUGGCUAUGGGCUGCAGAGCGGGGAGCUGAGCACUGUGCUGUACAACAGCCACCCAUACCGUGCCUUCCCUGUGCUGCUGCUGGACACCGUGCCCUGGUACCUGCGGCUCUACGUGCACACCCUCACCAUCACGUCCAAGGGCAAGGAGAAUAAGCCAAGUUACAUUCACUACCAGCCUGCCCAGGACCGCCUGCAGCCCCACCUCCUCGAGAUGCUAAUUCAGCUGCCUGCCAACUCAGUCACCAAGGUCUCCAUCCAAUUUGAGCGGGCCCUGCUCAAGUGGACUGAAUACACUCCGGACCCCAACCAUGGCUUCUAUGUCAGCCCGUCUGUCCUCAGCGCCCUCGUGCCCAGUGUGGUGGCGGCCAAGCCAGUGGACUGGGAGGAAAGUCCCCUGUUCAGGACCCUGUUCCCUGUCUCCGACGGCUCCAGCUACUUUGUGCGACUGUACACGGAGCCGCUGGUGGUGAGCCUGCCCACGCCAGACUUCAGCAUGCCCUACAACGUGAUCUGCCUCACAUGCACUGUGGUGGCUGUGUGCUACGGCUCCUUUUACAACCUCCUCACCCGAACCUUCCACAUCGAGGAGCCCAGCACUGGUGGCCUGGCCAAGAAGCUGGCCAACCUGAUUCGGCGCAUGCGCGGCGUGCCCCCACUCUGAAAGCACGACCUUGUGCACCUGCAACUGCUGUUUCUCUCUGGGGAGGGAUUGUGCCUGGGCCCCUCCCCUCCCCGAGUUAGUUUCUGAACAGGCUAGGGCCUGGAGCUGUGCUGUCCACCGCUCUUCACGAGCCUGAGCCCAGGUGGAUGGAAGUGAGGAGCCUGGUCCCUCGCCAGCUGCAGCUCCGUGGCCCGGAGCGGGGUGUGGCGAGGAACGGCUGCAGCCCCAUGGACAGUGUCCUGUGUUACUCUGGCCUGGACGUGGCUAAGCCACAGAACCUCGCUGGGUGGUGUGUGCAGUUUGCUGCCUGUGGAAUAAAAAAUGGUUCCUCCUA